AUGGUGAAAUCGGAGAAAGAGAGAAUGGAUUCGAACAAAACCAAAACCUUUAUUAAAUUUGCAGCUCUUGCAAUGGUUUUAGCCGCCCUGGUGGUGCUGGAAGAACCAACAAGCAUUCCCGUUUGUAACAUCGACGCAAACUAUUUGGAGAAAUGUCGUCCAGCCGUGACCGGAAACAACCCGCCGCCUCCACGAAACGAAUGCUGCGAAGUCCUCCAAGCUGCUAAUCUCGAAUGCAUCUGUAGAUUCAAGUCUUAUCUACCCAUUUUUACGAUGGUCUCAUCUAAAGUCCAGUCUCUUCUGAGCAAAUGUCGUGUCACAACAAUACCUUCCUGCUUGUCAAGCUUUCAAGAACUGAGCUGGAUACAGAAAUCUUGUCCUGCAACAGAUCUGAAGUCUCUAAAUUACAAUAUAUCGUAG